AAUUUCCAGUGCCCGACUUCCUGUUUACUUCGUAGACGUCACCGGGUUUUUCCUUUCUUGCGUCUUGCCGAAAAGCAAGGAGUUUGCUUGUGUCGUUAUAGGAAGUCAGAAAAUGGUGGUGUUAGUGAGGAAUCCGUUGUCUUCGGAGCUGCAAUGUGUGACGUUGCCGGCUGAAGGCUGGUCGGUUGGGGAUUUUCUCCGUUCCUGGUGCCAAGCGCAGGGGCUUCCUCAAGAUCACUUUUAUAUAAAGUGUAAUGGUCGAUGUAUUAAUUCUGAAAGUAUACUACAAGAUGGAGCUCUUUAUAAUGUGGAACCAAGAUUAUGUGGUGGAAAAGGAGGUUUUGGAUCUAUGCUCCGAGCUCUUGGUGCUCAAAUUGAGAAGACAACAAACCGAGAGGCGUGCAGAGAUCUCAGUGGAAGGAGACUUCGAGAUGUUAACCAUGAAAAAGCGAUGGCUGAAUGGGUGAAACAACAAGCAGAACGAGAAGCAGAUAAGGAACAAAGGCGUUUAGAAAGACUGAAGCGCAAAUUGGUGGAACCAAAACAUUUUUUUACUAACCCAGAUUACCAGCAGCAGUGCCAUGAAAUGGCAGAGAGACUUGAAGAUUCUGUCCUGAAAGGUAUGCAAGCUUCUUCCAGCACAGUGGUUUCCCCAGAAAGCAGUGAGAGUCGAAAAGGGACCACUGAUUCUGGAACCGGACCACCAUCAGAGAAGAAAAGGUGUUUAUGGUUAGGUAUAGAAGGGUUGGACGAUCCUAACAGUUCAGAGACUAAUAGCGAUGAAGAAGAUGAAUCUCCUGGGACGUCAGAAAGAUGCUCCACAUCAUCUGGCAGCCAUAUCAGUGUGAAUGAAAAUUUAAAUGAGUUUCCCAGGAAUUCAGAGGAGUCUGGAAAUUGCAGUUCGGGCUCUGAUGAGAAGUCAGAAGAUCAAACAAAGAAUGCUAAAAAAGAUCAUCUAGAAGAUCCAACUUUCAGUAAGAUUGAAGCCAAUGAGAAACAUAAAACAACACAGAUUCUGAAAGAAGAAAAGCAUACAAAUGCCUCAUGUAGUGAAAAAGCAAGUCAGCUUCAACAUGCAGAUACUGCAAGAGUCAAUCUGAUGGAAUUCAAUUCUGUUGCGGAACUGGAAGCCAUAGGACUAGACAAACUAAAGUUUGAACUAUUGGCCUUGGGACUAAAAUGUGGAGGUACUUUACAGGAAAGAGCACAACGACUUUUUUCAGUGAGAGGUUUGGCCAGAGAUCAAAUUGAUCCUGCUUUGUUUGCUAAGCCUUCCAAAGGGAAGAAAAAAUAAACAUGGUGGAAUGGUUUGUUUUUAUACUCCAGGUUUUACAACGUUCUUUUCAUUCUGCUGCUUUAUAUAAUGUUAUCUUUCAAAAGCCAAUACAAUGUAAAUUUGUAUACUCCUUAAUGCUUUUAACAAUAAUUUUUGUGAUAAUGUUAAAAGUACUUGUUGGUGGACAUUUAUGUUUUUUUUAAAUUUGUUAUUGUUCAGUAAAAGACUAGUAUAUUUUAUAUUUAUGUUUAAGUGACAAAAGUAUACAUUUAUCGAAAAAGUCAAUAUUUUAUGAAGAACAUUUUUGCAAAGCUUAAAAAUUAAUAAAAUUGUAAUUGUGUUUGAUAAAAAUUAAAUUCAAUAUUCUAAUACAGAUAAUCGGAAUCAAACAUGGACGCUGUUGAAUGUAUUCCAAUUAAUAGUUAACUUUGUAACUGCUGCAAAAAUUCAGAUGAACAAGAAAGAGUUAUUGCUAUCAGUUGGGCAAUUGCCCGUCAGACAGCUUCUGUAGUAAUAACAUUCAGACUUUGGAAGCAAACAUUGUUCAGGCCUAUUUAAACAGCCAAAACUGGAUAGUUCUUUUAAUAAACUAAAUUGGAAUUA